CACAGCUUUUACUAUAUUUUCAUUUCAUUAGACAUACAGUCAGUCGUUGUCUUGUAUUGAGAAUUGCAUUGAAAACUGAAUUGAAAUUAAAUGAAAAGAGAAAACUGAAUGCAAAUGAGAGCCGAAUAUUGAAUAUUAAAUAUAAUAAAUAGAUUAAAAUGGCUUUAAAUAGAAGUGAAACUAUCGGUGAUUACUCUCCUCCACAAAGUCCUGCAUUGAGUCAUAGCCUAAGCUAUACUGAUGACACAAACCUUUCGACUCAUGACUUGAAGAAAUGCAAUGAAGACCUGAACGAAGCGGUCGAGACUCUGCUCUCGAUCGGCCAACUGUCCAAUCAAUGCAGUCAAGUGUCUCCUAAAGCAAAACAUUGUUCCCAUUUAGUGACCGAUAACUUGGGAACUCCUCCUCAAUCUGAAGAUGAAUUCGACUCUAAUUCUGUCGACAGUUGUGUCUUAUCUCAUACUAAUAGCCAUAAAAGCAGUUCAGAGUUGGCCCGGCUCUUACUGACCCCAACCCCACCUCUCACUCCCAAACGCACAAAUCCGACAUCAUUUCCGGUUCCGGUCAUAAUGAGAGCGCCUCCUAUUCCUAAACACUCAGCCAAACAAUUGUCUAACUCUUCAGUAUCUAAUGGUUUGUCUCAAAAUCGUUCCUCAAUUAUCGCAACCAAUUCACGCACAAAACCAAUCAAAUCGAGUGCUUUGAGGCCAACCUAUUCUGUAUUGAGACCGACUCCAGACAAGUGUUCAACGUUUGGCCCAUUUUGCGGAACUAAUGCACAAAUUGUACCAAAACUUCCGCAGACGCUGUUUCUCACAUCCAUUUCCACUCACAACCAAAUACAGACUAUUUCACAGCCAAACACUACAGUCAUACCAAUCCCUCCCGGAGUCGUGCAAUUAGUUCUAACAUCGGGUCCUUCCCUACCCCUCACAAACCCCACUACAAAUCUGAACGAUAGGCACACUAGUGGAGAGAAGCCAUUCGUUUGCUUAUGGGAAUCAUGCGGUCGACAGUUCUCCAGAUCUGAUGAGUUGUCUCGACAUAAGCGCACGCAUACGGGAGAGAAGAAGUUUGUCUGCUCUGUCUGUGAGCGCAGAUUCAUGAGAAGCGAUCACUUGACUAAACACGUGAAAAGACAUUUGGCCGCAGAUAACAAACGCAAAGUGAUUGAACUAAACAUAAGGCCGUCAGUGAACCCCAUGUUGGCCAACACCGUAACCAACAUAUCUCCGGUUCCCAUCACAUCCACCGCUACAUUAUUUAUGAUUUAAGAGUUUCUAAAUUAUUCGUUCA